CUUCUGUCCCCUAGAGUGAGGCAAGGGGGACUGCAGAGCAGAGCAGAAGCCUGAGCCAGACCGAGAGCCUCCUCUUCUCCCAGGGACAAGCAUGGCCUGGAAGACAACGUGGCUACUGUUCCUUGUGGUAGGGGCGGCUGCCGUAUGGACAGCCCGGCCCAGGACUGAGCUUCUCAAUGUCUGCAUGAAUGCCAAGCACCAUAAGGAAAAGCCAGGUCCCGAGGACAAGCUACAUGAGCAGUGCAGUCCCUGGAAGAAGAACGCCUGCUGCUCCGUUAACACCAGCCGAGAAGCCCAUAAGGAUAUUUCCUACCUGUACAGAUUCAACUGGGAUCACUGUGGCAAGAUGGAGCCCGCCUGCAAGCGCCACUUUAUUCAGGACACCUGCCUCUACGAGUGCUCACCUAACCUGGGGCCCUGGAUCCAGCAGGUGAACCAGAGCUGGCGCAAAGAGCGGGUCCUGAACGUGCCCCUCUGCAAAGAGGACUGUCAGAUCUGGUGGGAAGACUGCCGCACCUCCUACACCUGCAAGACCAACUGGCACAAGGGCUGGAACUGGACCUCAGGGUAUAACCAGUGCCCAGUGAGAACUGCCUGCCACCGCUUUGACUUCUACUUCCCCACGUCUGCUGCUCUGUGCAAUGAAAUCUGGAGUCACUCCUACAAAGUCAGCAACUAUGGCCGGGGCAGCGGCCGCUGCAUCCAGAUGUGGUUCGACCCGGCCCAGGGCAACCCCAACGAGGAGGUGGCGAGGUUCUAUGCUGAGACCAUGAGUGGGGCUGGGCUCCGUGAGGCCUGGCCUCUGCGUUUCGGCCUGGUCCUAAUGUUGCUCUGGCUGCUCAACUGAGCUCCUUUUAUUUUCUGAUACCUGGACAUCUCUGCCCUGUUAAGACCCACAGCUCCCAAUUAGUCAGUUUCUGUUCCUUGGUGGGAACUCUGACUGUUUGAAUAAAACCAGACACCCCA